AGGAGGCGGACGGCGGAGCAGUGACCUCGGGCGCUGUGCUGGCGGAUGUAGUAACGGCGUAGGGCUGUAUUCCUCCGCGAGACCGUUUUCCUCAGACUGUUUUGGUCUUGCUCGCCUGUGGCAACCGCGGAGACCUGAGCCGCCGUGAUCUCCUCACACCCGGCGCGGCCUCCAGCUCCAGCUCCCGGCCUCACGUCGCCCUCUGAUCGCUCCGUUCUGUUAACAUUUUCUGUGACUGAUUUUUUGUUUUUAUUCUAACGUAAGAAGAGAAGCCGCUGUCUUUAAAAAAAAAAAAAAAAAAAAAUCUUUUCCAGCCGGUUCGUCAGCUGCUGUGACUGCCGGUUGUUUAUGGGACCGUCAUGUCCAUGAAGCAGUCCGGUAAUAACAGGAAGCCCGGCGGCGGGGCCAACGUGCCGGCGCCCGGAGGAGGAGGCAGACAGAACAUGGGCAGAGGGAGAAGCAGUGGAAAAGGUCCUCCUCAAUCUAUUUCUUUUGAUGGUAUCUAUGCAAACAUGAGAAUGGUCCACAUUCUUACUUCAGUUGUGGGUUCAAAGUGUGAAGUACAUGUGAAAAAUGGUAGUGUGUAUGAAGGAGUUUUUAAAACCUAUAGUCCUAAGUGCGACUUAGUGCUUGAUGCAGCUCAUAAGAAAAAUAAAGACUUUACUGGGGGGCCAAAGCGAGAAGACAUUGUGGAUAGCAUUUUAUUCAAGGCUUCCGAUUUUGUUAUGGUGCAGUUUAAAGACAUGGAUGUGAAUUAUGCAAAAAGAGAUGGAUUCACAGACUCUGGUAUAUCUUCUAAAGUGAAUGGUGAGCACAAGGAGAAAGAUCUGGAACCAUGGGAUGGGGGCGAUGGCCUUAUUAGUAGCAGUUUGCCUGCUAAUAGCGAGGAACUGGAGUCUUUAGAUACAGAUGUAUCUAAUGGUUGGGAUCCAAAUGAAAUGUUUCGAUACAAUGAAGAAAAUUAUGGUGUGGUAUCAACAUAUGACAGCAGCCUUUCCUCAUAUACUGUUCCUUUGGAAAGAGACAAUUCGGAAGAGUAUUUAAAGAGAGAGGCAAGAGCUGCACAAAUAGCUGAAGAGAUUGAGUCCAGUUCUCAGUAUAAAGCCCGUGUUGCCUUGGAAAAUGACGAGCGGUCUGAAGAAGAAAAAUACACUGCAGUACAACGCAACGCGUGUGAGAGGGAAGGACACUCUAUGGCUACUAGGGAAAAUAAGUAUGUUCCGCCUGGACAGAGGAGUAAAGAUGGUAUGUCAUGGAGUAGCCAUGGUGUAAGACAGAACUCGCCAAGAAUGGGCCAGUCUGGAUCUGGUCCUAUUCCUUCAAGAACUGGAUCCCAUCCUUCAGAUUUCAGCCCAAAUUCUGGAUCUGAUCAGAGAGUAGUUAAUGGAGGUGUUCCCUGGCCAUCGCCUUGUCCAUCUCCUUCCUCCCGCCCACCUUCUCGCUACCAGUCAGGUCCCAACUCUCUUCCACCUCGGGCAGCCACCCCUACAAGGCCGCCCUCCAGGCCCCCUUCGCGGCCAUCCAGGCCCCCGUCUCACCCCUCUGCUCAUGGUUCUCCAGCUCCUGUCUCUACUAUGCCUAAACGCAUGUCUUCAGAAGGACCUCCAAGGAUGUCUCCCAAGGCACAGCGGCAUCCUCGAACCCAUAGAGUUUCCAAUGGUAGAAACACAAUGUGUGGUCUUGAAUUUGUUUCUCGCAAUGAACCUGGAGAUGUGUCUGCUCCACCGGUGGCUAGAAACAGCUCCUCAGGUGGCACUUGGUCAUCUGUUGUGAGUGGAGUGCAAAGACUUUCACCCAAAACCCACAGGCCUAGAUCUCCAAGGCAGAGUGCUAUGAGUGGUGCCACAGGGGUAGCUGUAAGCUCUCCUCAGGCUGGCUCUGUUGCUCCUGAAUCUGUUACCAUGCCUGUACCCACUGGAUCUCCAACACCUGCAAGCCCUGCUUCCAAUAGAGCAGUUGCUCCCUCUAAUGAAGCUAAGGAUUCUCGAUUACAAGAUCAGAGGCAAAUUUCCCCAACCAGUGGAAGAGAGUCAAUUAAACAAAGUGAUUCUUCUACCUUUUGUAAAUCUGAAAACAAAGUAGUUCCACCGAUGGCUUCAGAGCAAAGAAAACAACUGGAUGAUUUAAAGAAGUUUAAAAAUGAUUUCAGGUUACAGUCUAGUUCUAGUCCUGAUGCCAUUGAUCAGCUCCUGGGCAAAAAUCGUGACAACUUGGAGAAACCCAGAGAACUUUUGAAGGACAAAUCUGACUCUAACUCGAAAGAGUCUGCCAGUGAAAGUGGCAGUAAUGCACCAACUAGCAACAGCAGUAGCAAACCAAGCAGCCCCAGUAUUUCCCCAUCUAUUAGCAGUAGUGGUUCUGAACACAAAAGAGGACCAGAGGUUACAUCACAAGGUGUACAGACAUCUGGACCUGGAAAGCAGGAUCAUGAAGACAAGGAUGACAAAAAGGAAAAUGCUUCAGAGCAAGUAAGAAAAUCUACCUUAAAUCCAAAUGCGAAGGAGUUCAAUCCACGAUCAUAUGCUCAACCCAAGCCUUCUACAACGCCAACCUCACCUCGACCACAAGCUCAGCCAAGCCCUUCAAUGGUGGGACAUCAGCAGCCGACCCCUGUGUACACCCAGCCAGUCUGUUUUGCACCAAAUAUGAUGUAUCCUGUUCCUGUUAGUCCUGGUGUACAGCCAUUAUAUCCUAUUCCUAUGACGACAGUGCCAGUCAAUCAGGCCAAGACAUACAGAGCAGGUAAAGUACCAAAUAUGCCUCAACAGCGCCAGGAUCAGCAUCACCAGAAUACAAUGAUGCACCCUGUUUCUGCAGCAGGACCACCUAUAGUAGCUACUUCACCCGCCUACUCUGCGCAGUAUGUAACUUAUAGCCCACAACAGUUCCCCAGCCAGCCUCUAAUGCAGCAUGUUCAGCACUAUCAAUCACAGCAUCCCCAUGUAUAUAGCCCUGUAAUUCAAGGAAACUCUAGAAUGAUGGCCCCACCAGCACAUGCACAGGGUGGUUUAGUGUCUUCAUCUGCUACACAGUAUGGUGCUCCAGAACAAACACAUGCUAUGUAUGCAUGUCCUAAAAUUCCAAACAACAAGGAGACUGCCCCUUCUUUCUACUUUGCCAUUUCUACUAGCUCACUAGCACAGCAGUAUGCACACCCAAAUGCUGCAUUACACCCACAUCAACCUCAUCCUCAGCCUUCAGCAACCCCCACUGGACAGCAACAGUCUCAACAUGGAGGUAGUCAUCCAGCACCAAGCCCAGUUCAGCACCAUCAACACCAGGCAGCCCAAGCUUUGCACCUUGCUAAUCAACAACAACAGUCUGCCAUUUACCACACAGGGCUGGCACCAACACCACCUUCUAUGACCCCAGGCUCUAAUGCGCAGUCCCCACAAAACAGCUUCCCAACACAGCAGACUGUUUUUACAAUUCACCCUUCACAUGUCCAGCCUGCCUAUACCAAUCCACCUCACAUGACUCAUGUGCAACAGGCUCACGUUCAGUCGGGAAUGGUUCCUUCUCAUCCAACUGCUCAUCCUAUGAUGCUGAUGACGGCACAGCCACCAGGGGGUCCUCAAGCAGCGCUUGCACAGAGUGCUUUACAGCCCAUUCCUGUUUCUACAACUGCACACUUUCCCUAUAUGACACAUCCUCCAGUUCAAGCACAUCACCAGCAACAGCUCUGAACCUGGAGUUUCUGUGAAAAAGGCUGGAACCCUUUUGUAGGCCAAAAAAUUUCCCACCACUUUCUUCCCUCCAGUGGAAGUUAUAACAUCUAGAAUCUCUCAUUUUUAUUUUAAAGAAAAAAAAUCUGCUAACCUCCAAUAGGAAUGCCAACUGAUCAUCCUGCAGUGGGAAAGAUUCGGACGACGUAGAGGCAUGUAGGAGCUUGCAGGCUGUCAGUACACUGCCUUUGUCCUCCUAAAGCCCCACCUUUGCUUGCUGAUAACUGGAAGUUAUUUAUUUUUAAAGGCUCUUCUAAGUUAUGAACUCAUCAGCCAGUGAAGGAAAUAACACAAGUGAUUCUUGCUGCUAUCUUGACCUUAAAACAAAAAUCAAGACUCUAAAACCCCUUUUUAUGUCUAAACUUGAAACCGAUUCAGUAAGAUUCUUAUCAUCAAACUGAUGGAUUAUUAUUUAUGAAUCAGGUUUGAUGUGGCCGCUGUCCUGCAACAGUGGAGUAACUUUUAAGUUAAGAAAAAAAACUUUUACUUUGUAGAUAAUAUAAAAUAAAAACUUAAAAAAAAUAAAUAAAAAUUAAAAAAGUUUUAAAAACUGAAAAAGUACUUUGUGUUUAAUAAUUUGAUACGAACAAGGUUUUUGGACCAGAGACAAGUAUCGCUUACACAAAGAAUGAGUGCGCUGACAUAUAGCUCUUAUUUGAGUGGAGCGUGCCCAUUCAUAGAGAGCUCUUUACCUCUCCAGGCAUGAUGACACUAGGACUUCUGGAUUUUAGCUCAACCCACACCAUUAAAUAUUUCUUCUGUGAAAACCCAUUUAUUGUCUGAAAACCUGUUAAAAAAUUUGUAUUUGUAUUUAUUUCUAUUUAAGAGCAUUGGUGGUCAACUG